AUCAAAUGCAUCUUGCUUCUCCACAGUAGGAAAUAAAAUAUCUGAUAUGUCCCUUGAGGUCAACAUAUUGGUAGGUGGUGUUCUGUCUCAGCUGAAGGACAUCUCCUUGUCAAGGUCCCCAACACCAUGUGAAGACAUGUUUGAACGUCUCCAAGGUUCUACUGAGCGAACCUCUCCAGUAAGUCUAGAUUGCAGCACGGCUGCCUCCAAAGGCAUUGCAUCUUCCCACAGUCUUUCAACAAAGAGCCUCCAAAAACGUUCUAGUCAUGAGUUCCAAACCAAAGCUGAGAAAGGAGUGAGUGAGGUCAUCUCUCGAUCAUUUAACAUUGUGGAGGAAGGUACAACAGAUAAGUACCUCCAGUCUGUAUCUACAUCCACCACAUCUACUGAUAUUAUACAAACCAUAGUGAAAGACCAGCAGGAGCUCCCCCAGACCACCCAAUCAUCUGACAUGGUAUCUGGAACCUCCCUGCUCACCACUGGACAGGUUUCUGAGAAAAGGAUCCGGUCUGUUGCUCGUAACAUCUACUACAGUCUGCAAAGUAAGAUUACGGAGUUUCUCAGAAAAGAUCUUCAAAGAUCAGACACAACACUUGGUUCAAUCCAAAUCUUUACAUAUCAAAGCAGUCCUGCAUCACAAAGAGCAAGUCUCGGCCAUCUUGAGGUCAACCAGAGCAGUGUUACACCUGGUGGAAACGAUGCCUGUGUGGACAUUCCGCACAAAUUACUAUCUAAAACCACUGAGCUCUCAGGAUCCAUGCUGGAGGAUAUUGACACGAUCCGUUGUAGGAGUGCUGACAGCCAAAAUACAAGAAAUACCUGUUCUUCACGCUCCUCCAUCUCUCUAACACCUACUUCAAAAUUAAGGCAGUCGAAAUGGCACUUUGCCUUACCCGGGACUCCCAUCCCCACUGAGUUUCCUGCUCAGAUUGACUUUCCCAUUGUUAGAAACACAAUCAUUGAGGACUUCUUUCACACAGAGGACUUACUUCCUGUAAACUUUGUGGACAAAGUCAGGCAAGCUGCUGGGGUGGUAGUGGACAUUAUGGUGGAAAGUGUUGAGAACACACAGGAAGAUGGACAGGGUGCUUCUCAUCUUGACGGCCUCCGAUCUGCUGUUAGGAAAUUGAGAAAAAUAAUUUCCACUUGGACCAUCCACAUUUUCAGUCAUGAAUUGGUGGAUAAAGUGAUAGCCCUUCAGGACAGCCACAGCACUCCACAGGUCUUAACAUUGGAAGCAGCCAAAAGUGCUUCAGACUCUAUUCUUUCGAGGAUGAAAUGGGGAAAGGAACAAUGUGCCAUAUCCAAGGAGCUCUCCUCUCAGCUUCUCCAGAUAUUUGCUGAAGAGACAGUGAAGUGCUUCCUGAGACAGUGGUCAGAUGAGUAUGAAAACAUUAACUUUGAUGUUUCAGUCCAGAACGAUCCAAAGACUUCUACUUGCAUGGUCAUUCUUCAAAUGAUCACCAAAGCCACUGCUAAAUGUUAUUUUGAGUCCGCUACCAGCGUGGCCACCAGUGACAUUGUAGAAGGCGUGUUUGAUUUGGAAAGGGAUACCAUCAGCAGUACUGGAGAGCAGGUCCUCACCUUUAACACAAAGGGUUCCAAGAAAGUUAGUAGAAACCUCUGUCCUCAAGAGUCUCUGGAGUACCAGCCUCAGAACAUUUCCCCUACUGUGUACUUUACAGAGACUAUGACAACAUCUCAUGGCUCCUUUUCUCCAGAGGGAAUUUAUGAUAUCGCAUCGUCCUUCACACUUGAAGAGAAGAGUCGCAAACCCUCCCUUUUCACCAGAUUGUCUAGAUCCAUCACGAAAGGCUUUCUCAGCCCAUUCAAAUCUUCAAGGAAAACCAAAUUAUUUAAAUAAAUUCCUCAUUAUAAACAA